UAGUGGGCCUAAGAAAGCCCAAUACGAGAGAGAUCGAUACCCAAAAUGGUAACACAGACUGUCGCACACGAAGCUUAGAAACGAAAUCGAUCAGAAAUCACUAGUUCGUCGUCGUCGUCUUCUUCUUCACGAGGAACCCUAGUCGAGAGAUUUUGUUAACUUGGGGGUGAAUAUGAAUUGCGAAGCUUGUAAUCUGAAGGAACUGGAAGUGGAAUCCUUCGAGAUACGCGAGGUUCUACGCUGCAUUCUACAUACUAUAGUCUUUCACCGAGCACUUGGUCUUAUCCGCCCUAAAGAUAUCGACUUGGAGCUUUUUGACAUCACUUACGUACAAUGUGGUGAAAUAGAAGUGGAAAAGAAAAUUGAUGACAAGAUUGAGCAGAUCAUAACUUGGAUUGCCAAGCACCCCAACAAGAAAAUUCAGAUAUGUCUAACGUUUUAUGAAGUCAAAACCAAACAGCCCUCUUGGUUCACUAAUAAAAUUGAACGGUUAUACUGGGAACAAUGGAAUAUCAAUCUGAAUGUGAUUCACCCCACUAAACCCCCAGUUGGAAAGUCUCACCACUCUAAACUAGUGGUGGACCCUGGAGAGGAGCCUGAGGAGUUAAGUUCCCGUAGGACAUUGCUUGAGCAAUCUCUUCAAGAAGUCUUGUUCCAGAUCAUUAAAUUCGUUAAUGAGAAAAAGGAUCACGUUCCUCCUAUCAACGAUGGUGUUAUCUACUGCCCCUUUGAAAUCACUUUCCCUAGCUCAUCGGACUCAGCCUUUGGGAUUGAUAUGUUCAAGAGGAUGCUCCACAGUGGUGGUCAUCCAUCUAUGCUCACUUGAUUUCACAUUAAUCCACCCAAAACUUAAUUAGUAUACACUUGAUGCUACUGGUUGCAGCCUAACUCCAGUCAACACUAUGUUUUCUCCUGCAUGCAUUUCGUGUGUAAAUAUGUAACACUUUGCCUCUCCCUAAUGUUUUCAAAGUUCAUUUA